UAUUAAUUUAAAAUAGGGUCGUCCGAGCAUACAAAGAUUGCGCGUGGAACUUGUAUGUUUCACAGAUACAAACAAAUAUGGGAAGGAAAAAGAAGAAGCAGAUGAAACCAUGGUGUUGGUAUUGUAAUAGGGAUUUUGAGGAAGAAAAAGUUUUAAUUCAACAUCAAAAAGCUAAACAUUUCAAAUGUCAUGUUUGCCAUAAAAAGUUAUACACUGGUCCAGGGCUUGCUAUUCACACUAUGCAGGUUCAUAAGGAGCCUAUUACAAGUAUUCCUAAUUCUGUCACUGGUCGAGGAGAUAUUGAAGUAGAAAUAUAUGGCAUGGAAGGAAUUCCAGAAAAAGAUCUUGAUGAGAAAAGAAAACAAGGAAGGAUUAGAAGAGAUAGUGAUGACAGUGAUGAUGAUGACGAUGAAGAUGAUGAUAAAAAACCAAGAUUAGGUUUUCCAAUGAUGCCCAUGUUUCCUGGUAUGCCACCUAUGCCAUUUCAUCCUGGUAUGAUGCCUCCUGGAAUGCAUCUUCCACCUAUUCAUAUGCAUGGGAUGCCUAUGCAUGGAAUCCCUCCAAUGAUGCAUAUCAUGCGUCCAAUGCCAGGUAUGAUGGCUGGGAUGCCACCUAUGUCAACUAGCGCAAGUGUUAUACCUACUUCUGGACCUCCUCCAGGAGUUCCUGGACCACCAAGACAGUUAUUUCCAGCUGCUGCAACAGCUGCUGAGAUGGAGAAUAAAUCAUCUGGACCAGUUGGAGCAGACUUUAAACCGCUAAAUUCACCUCAGGGAGUUUCUUCAGUUAGUUCUUCGCACAGUUCUUAUCGAUAUAUUAAACCACCUGCAAACACAAUACCAUUGGUAUCUGCUAAUAGCAGAAUUAUCCAUCCUGAUGAAGACAGUUCACUUGAAGAAAUAAAAUCCCAAUUACCUGCCUAUCAACCUAUUGAGUCUAUGCCUCUCACUGUAACACCACAAAUGAUGCAUUCCCAGAUUUCCAUGCCACCAUCUAUCACUGGUGAUCCUAGAAUGGUGAAUAAUUCAUUUAUGGGUGCAAUGCCGCCUGGUAUGCCUCCACCAUCUAAUAUGAUGCCACCGGGUAUGCCUCCUGGACCACCUGGUAUGCCUCCAAUGCCACCUCGAGGAGGACCUCCGCCUGGCUUUAUGCAGCAAAUGCCACCAAUGAGUCAUCCGCAACAACAGCCACCGUUAGUUGGACCACCUUUUAAUGUCCAAUCUCCUGGUGGUGGCCAGUGGAUUCCUCCACCACCAUCAAGGCCGCUUCUUAGCAACAAUAAUGUUCAUUUUUAGCCUGCGCGGAAGCUUAGUUAUGGAUUUCGUAACACCUAAUUUCAAGCCAUCUUAGUAGUCCAAGAUAUUCUUCUGUAAAGCUCGCUAAUUGUUCCUUUCAGAUAUUUUUAUCUUUUAAGCGCCGAAUUAAACCAAACUCAAAACAUUUUGGAUCUAAUGCAUUUUUAAAAUAUUUAUAAUUGACAACCUAAUAAAGUUCGUUUUAUACCAAUAACUUUGUAAAAUGAGAUAUUUGAACAUACUAUGCCUACAUGCAUUUAAAACAUGGUUUUACAACUAUUUCAUUCAAGAUACAAAAAUUGCUAAUUGAUAUUUUCUGCAAAGGAAACGCAUACGCAAUCAAAAGACUAAUUAGAUAACAAACUGUAAAGAAUUUAAAAUGUUUGUUGUUAGUAUUUACCGUUAAUAUUGAUACUGGUUGUAAAUAAUCCUCGGCCAACACAUUCCUUUGAUAGUUUAAUCUUUGAUUAUCAAAGGCUAGAAAUAA